AUGUCGUCAGGAUCCAGCAGAUAUGUGCGAUAUCUGCUGUUUGCAGUUUUUGCCCUGGCGGUAUUAGCCUUUAUUUCGAGAUCAUCGUUGCCGCUGCCGACGAACUACGAAUCUAAUAUAAUACCUCAGACACCACAAGAUAGCAAAGGCUCCGUUGACCCUUCCUACCAAACCCCCGCGAACAGCGGCCCUCCGGCGUUGACGCCAUCUGGUGAGCGAGUCAAUGCGACAUUCGUGACGCUUGCACGCAACCAGGAUGUCUGGGAAAUCGCGAAAUCCAUUCGCGAGGUGGAGGACCGCUUCAAUCGCAACUAUCACUACGAUUGGGUGUUCUUGAAUGACAAGCCGUUUGACGACGAGUUCAAGAAAAUCACCACUGCUCUGGUCUCCGGAACCACCCAUUAUGGCUUGAUCCCCAAAGAACAUUGGUCGUAUCCCGAAUGGAUUGACCAGGACAAAGCAAAGGCGGUGCGCGAAGACAUGAAAGCAAGGAAGAUUAUCUACGGCGACUCGGAGAGCUACCGACAUAUGUGCCGAUACGAGUCUGGCUUCUUUUUCCGCCACGAGUUGAUGCUCAACUACAGAUACUACUGGCGCGUGGAGCCCAGUAUUCAGCUAUUCUGUGACAUCUCCUUCGAUCCGUUCCGGUACAUGAUGGAAAACAAGAAGAAGUACAGCUUUGUGCUCAGCUUGUACGAGUACUACGAGACCAUUCCCACGCUCUGGAACAGUGUCAAGAAAUUCAUGAAGACAAAUCCGGAGUACAUCGCCGAGGGUAAUUCGAUGGGAUUUUUGAGUGACGAUGGUGGAGAGACAUAUAACAAGUGUCACUUUUGGUCCAAUUUCGAGGUUGGUGACCUCGACUGGCUACGAUCCGACGCCUACAUAAACUACUUCGACUCUCUCGACCGAGACGGUGGCUUCUUCUACGAAAGAUGGGGCGAUGCACCAGUGCACUCAAUUGCCGCUGGUCUACUCUUGAAAAAGGAGGAGGUUCACUUCUUUAACGAAAUUGCCUACUACCAUGUUCCAUUCACCCACUGCCCGACGGGCGAACAGACUCGCCUUGACUUAAAAUGCCACUGUAACCCGGCAGACAACUUUGACUGGAAAGGCUAUUCUUGCACAUCGCGCUACUUCCACAUCAACAAUAUCCCUAAACCAGAAGGCUAUGAAAAGGAAACAAAAUGA